AUGCCAUUCCGAAUCAUUAUCGUGGGCGGUGGGAUCGCAGGAUUGGCAGCUGCCAUAGCCUUACGGAAGGACGAUCGCCAGAUCACGAUCCUGGAACAAUCUCGACUCAGCACAGAGAUUGGCGCUACAAUCUCGCUCCAACCCAACGCCACGAGGAUCUUACAGCAGUCAUGGGGGCUAGAAGCCCUACUCGAGGACUCUAAUGGUACAAUCGAUCACGGGUUCAGGAUAUAUAGCGUUGAUGGCAAGAUGGUGAAUGAGAUACCUCUACGAAGUAAGACACAGUAUGGGGCAGACCGUAUUAUGUGGCACCGUGAGGAUCUUCAUGCCUAUCUCAGGGAUAAAGCCACAAGCACCGAACGGGAUGGCCAGCCGGCGGUUCUACGUACCUCAGCGCGAGUGUCCAGCUGCGACUGCGAAGAAGGCAAAGUGAUACUUGAGAAUGGUGAAACUCUGGAAGCAGAUCUUGUCAUCGGCGCGGAUGGCAUUCACAGCGCCCUGCGUACUUCUGUUCUCGGUAAAGAGAUUCAUCCCAAACCCACGGGGUCCUCAGCCUACCGGCUUAUGCUACCAACUGCGAUCCUUAACGAACGUGCGCCACAAUUCUCUGCAAACAUCAAACCAGAACAGCCCUACACAUCCAUGAUCAUGGCACACUCCUGCCGGCUUAUCAUGGGUCCCGCUCGCGACGCAAAGCUCUACAGCAUUGUCGGCCUAGUACCGGACGAGCAGAUGAAUGAAGAUCCUGAUAAAGCGCAGUCAUGGGUAACGAAAGGAGAUUCAGCAAAGAUGUUGGAGACCUUCAAGGACUUUCCCAGCUGGACCAGAGACAUGCUUCGAAAUGCCGACAGUAUAGGCCUUUGGCAGCUGCGCGACUUGGAUCCACUAGAUACAUGGCAUUCUGGGCGUACGAUUCUCAUUGGAGAUGCAGCGCAUGCUAUGCUGCCCACCCAAGGUCAAGGCGCAAGCCAGACUAUCGAGGACGCUGAAGCUUUAGGGGCGCUCUUCGACAGCAUCACUGGGAGACCUACCAAAGACGAAGUAUCUUUCAUCCUGGAAAACGUAUUCAAGAGUCGAUAUGAACGUGCGAGCUUGAUACAACGAUUCAGUCGCGAGGCUGCGAAGCCUGCGACGGAAAAGGGCAGCAAUGUCAUCAAAAUGCGCCCUGAUGAGUUCAUGGACUACAACUGCACAUAUCGGGGGGUACACGAUUGGGAACAAAAGCGUUCGAUUUCAGCAAUAACAGUCGGUCUCCAGAGAGCUGCAGUAGCUUAG